GAGCUCGAGUGCUCUGCUUCCACGAGGGAGAGAAAGGCAGCUGCUGGAAGUACAGGCUGGCAGGAUCAUGACAGACCCAAGUAGCAGAAAGGAAGCAUUUAAAAAAUGCCGGAGUGCUACAUUCAGUAUUGAUGGCUAUAACUUUACAAUUGUUGCAAAUGAGACAGGUGACAAACAUCCACGACCGCUUUUACAAUUUGCCCGGUCUAAAUCACAAAACUGCUUAUGGAAUACCAUUAUCGGUGGGCUGGCCAGCAACCACAAGGAAAGGCCAAAGCUGACCAUUAUCAACGACCCUAGACCUCCUGAAGAAAUUUUAGCAGAUGAACUACCGCCAGUGGACAGUCCUGAGGCACUGGUGAAAACAUCUUUCAGAUUGCGGUCUUUGGUAAAGCAAUUAGAGAGAGGAGAAGCUUCAGUUGUAGAUCUAAAGAAGAAUUUGGAAUAUGCAGCGACUGUUCUUGAGUCAGUAUACAUUGAUGAAACCAGGCGUUUACUGGACACAGAAGAUGAACUCAGUGAUAUUCGGUCUGACUCUGUGCCAUCAGAGGUCCGUGACUGGUUGGCUUCUACCUUCACACGGCAAAUGGGGAUGAUGCUCAAAAGGACUGAGGAAAAACCCCGGUUCAGGAGUAUCGUCCAUGCAGUGCAAGCUGGGAUAUUUGUGGAAAGAAUGUACAGGCGUACUUCAAACAUGGUCGGCUUGAGCUACCCACCAGCUGUAAUUGGAGUGCUAAAGAAUGUAGAUGAGUGGUCCUUUGAUGUAUUUGCACUAAAUGAUGCCAGUGGGGAUCAUGCACUGAAAUUCAUUGUCUAUGAACUUCUCACACGCUAUGAUCUGAUCAACCGUUUCAAGCACUGGCUGACAGAGCUGGAGAUCUUUGCUAUGAUUUUCGCAGCUGCUGUACAUGACUAUGAACACACUGGAACCACCAACAAUUUUCACAUCCAGACACGGUCGGACUCAGCCAUUCUAUAUAAUGACCGGUCCGUGCUCGAAAAUCACCAUGUUAGUGCGGCAUAUCGUCUUUUGCAAGAUGAUGAAGAGAUGAAUAUUUUAUCUAAUCUCUCAAAGGAUGAUUGGAGGGAAUUUAGAGCUCUAGUCAUUGAGAUGGUGCUGGCUACCGAUAUGUCCUGUCACUUCCAGCAAAUCAAAGCUAUGAAGAAUGCUUUGCAGCAGCCAGAAGGAAUUGACAAGCCGAAAGCCUUAUCACUGUUAUUGCAUACAGCAGAUAUCAGUCAUCCAGCCAAGGCCUGGGAUCUCCAUCAUCGCUGGACCAUGUCUCUGCUAGAGGAGUUCUUCAGACAGGGUGACAAAGAAGCAGAACUAGGGCUGCCCUUCUCUCCUCUGUGUGAUCGGAAAUCCACUAUGGUUGCUCAGUCUCAAAUAGGUUUCAUUGAUUUCAUUGUGGAACCCACCUUUAGUGUGCUGACCGACAUGACAGAGAAAAUUGUGACUCCACUAAUUGAUGAAGCUUCCCACUCUGGCCUGUCUGGAUUUCGGCGUUCCAGUUUGAAUAGCAUUAGUCCCUCUGAAGUUAAAAGAUCAAGUGUCAAGAGCACUGGGUCCGAAGGAAGUGCCUCACUCAACUGCUCCUUACUCACUGUGGACUUCAAAGGUUUUAAGGCCACCUGGACUGAGGUGGUGCAGCAGAACAGGGAGAAAUGGAAAGCACAAGCCACCAAAGAUGCAGAAGAAAAAGCUAAGAAAGAAGCAGAGGAAAAUGCUCAUCAGGGAACAGAUGAAAAGGAAAGAGAUGAACAGGAUGGGAAGCCAAGUGAAGGUGUCACAGAAGCAACGACAGAAAAGAGCAAAGAACCAAAUCCUGGGGAAAGCAAAAGUGCAGAUUCCAGUAAGAAUCCUGUAAUUGACACUUGGCAAAGUGGUAUGAGAAAACAUGAAGCCUAUCAAGGGAAAAAUGCACCUAGGACAGAUAAGAAAAUCGAUCAUCAUAUUGUGGGAGAAGAGAAACAGCAUGUCCAGAAUGGUGAAUUAAAGGAAGACAACAAAUUGGACAGAAAAGAAUUUAGUGUGGGGGAUGAAUCAAAGAAAACAGAUGUUGCAGGGGCCGAAGGAGAGGCAACAAGAUGCGUGGGAGACCAGCAGUGCCUCAAGGCUGAGGCAUCAUUCCUCCCAGAUGACCAAGAGUCACAGAUGCUGAUGCUCUCAAAGAAGCAAGGGAGGAUGUUAAAACUUUGGCACAGAGAGCCAAAAGAGCAUCUGAUGCUGCCUGCAGAGGCAAGAAUGAGUCUGCUGGAAAGAAGAGAACCAAGAUCACUAGAGAUCACCAGGAUACACCCACGAGUGCUAGGAGGAGUAGCCAAUACCCAAGAGUGUUGUGCUGACAUUCAGACAGAUCUUAACAGGUUGGAGAGAAGGGCAGAGAAGAACUGUCUGAAGCUCAGCAAAGACAGAUGCAGAGUCCUGCACCAGUACAGGCUGGAGGCCAAACUGCUGGAAAGCAGCUCUGUGGAGAAGGACCUGUGGGUCCUGGUGGAGAACAAGGUGUCCAUGAGCCAGCAGUGA